UUCUUUCAUCCGUGAAAUAUAAUCUUCUGUCAAAUUGACAAUUUUGUUAAAUUCUAGUAAGAAAAUCAGCUUGUUUUCUAAAUUUAAUGGGUACCAAAGACAGCGAAGAAUUCAGAAAUGCCUUAGAAGACAUAGCCUGUCAUGCUCACAAACUGGAUAGUCCAUUCGACAGGGUAAGAUGUGUGGAAUGGUGCAGAAAGUUGGCAAGUUUUUCAGAUGAAGAUUUGGAGUCGUGUAAACUAAAGAAUGAAUAUGCACAACUUUUGAGAAUACAAGUUCGACAUAACUUCCUACAUGGCCCAUUCGUUACACCUCCUCCAGAAUCUAGUAAACUGUGUACACUCUCUGAGUGUCUGGGAAAUAUAAUGGCAAACCAAAUUCCAUAUUUGCCUCGAAUAGGGCCCAUGAGUCCUGUUGUGCACCACAAAUCUCCAGAUGGAAGGGCUUACGUGUCUGCCAAACAAAUACCUGGAGGAGGUGUAUUUUGUUAUAUGGCCGUUAGCCCCGAUGGACUGAAAUGUAAUGCUAAACAUUGAACAAUGUGUUUCAAAAUGAAUUUUUCACGGUU